AUGUUGGAGGCCGGACAGAGUGAGUUUGGCGAGGUUGAAACACCUUCACAUAUCCUCGGGACAGGUAUGAGGCUUCGUGUCUGCAUGAUCCUCUUUUCUCCCCUAUUUCUAUUCCCACCGACGUGGCCAGUCUAUGCUCCAGUUGUGAAGCCUGCCAACUGGCUAGAGCAUUACGCUGAAAUCUUUGAGUUGAACGUGUGGUUAUCAUUAAACAUCACGUCGAUUGAUAGGGACCCCGUCUGGGAUUCUCGUUAUCGAUGA